UCAACGCACUCAUUUGUAGUUGACUGUGGGCGCAGUGUGGUCCCGCGUCGCAGAGGGGAUGCGGGUGACCUUCACAUAACACAAGGAGAUGUGAUUUUAUUUCUGUGCAUGUGAAUGAAGUCACACACGUCGACGUCGCAGUCUGCAGAUCAGGGCAUGCUGUAUUUCCACCUUCUUCUCAUUCUUCAGGACAGCAACAGUGGAAAUGUUCAAUGGCUUUUUGUAGUCAGGAUAUUAAGGUGGGCUCACAUACCUAACCAGUCACUGACCAGUGGAGGACAAAGGAGAUAUAAAUGUGCUGUUUCUUAAGGAGGAAAGUGGUUUAAGAGAGAAAUUGGAGGUGUUUACCCAUUUGAGGAUCUCAACAGGAAAUCUCAGAUCCUGUUGAGCCUCUUUGUUUUGAAAUCAUCACUGUGGAAGACGGUUUCCCUGGAGGCGAGACAUUAGUCAAGACAGGAUCCUUUGGACAUUUAUCAGGGAAUCUGUCUACUUGGUCUGUUAAUCCUAUAAGCUGUCCAUACAGACAAAAGGAGUCACUAUCAGUGUUUUAAACAUGGCAGCAGAACUGGCCUUAGUCACUGUUCUCGUCCAGCUUCUUGUUGAUUUGGUGACAAGUGACAGCAUUGACUUCUACAAUAUCAUACCUGCUGUAGAAGCCACCCCGUACCCCAAGAGUUUCAAGUGCUUCACAUGUGAACAGGCCUUAGACAACUACAGCUGUAACCGCUGGGCAGAAGAUGUGUGGUGUCCUCAGAAUACUCAAUUUUGUAUGACAAUACACCACUUCAACCACCAUGGAAAGACAAAAUUUGUUACCAAAAGAUGUGCUGUGCGUGAAGAAUGCCAGUUAGCUGGCUGCAAACAUCACAAAAAUACACAUCAUGAGUGCAUAUCUUGCUGUGAAGGGAUGGUUUGUAACGUAGAGCUGCCGACCAAUCACAGUAAUGCAGUGUUUGCCCAGAGACAAACCCACAGCUCAGCAGCACCCACUUUCCGGAUCUGGGAUUGUGUGAUCCUGCUGGUCCCAGUUCUCAUGGGACUGCUACCAUUGUGAUCCUCAAUCAUAAAAACCUGUUCGGUUAUGAACAGCGCUUCAAAUCAUUGAGACAAAGGAGAUGUCAUCCACACUGGAAUUUUAAUACAGUCAGAUGGAUGUUUUCAUUAAGGCCACAGUAAUAUCAUGCAGGAGAAAGCCAGCAUUCCCAUUCAUCUCAAUGGCAGGAUGUUGCAGGAUUCUCUGGAAGAAUGUGAUUUGCCAUCUUUGCUGAUGGGCUCACAGAUGUUCUCAUGACUGAUCAGUGACUAAUCAGCCUGGAGCCUCAGGAAAAAUUACAUCAUGGCUUGGCUGAUUGGUUAAAGCACCACAAGAAGAAGAUCACUCACUAGUGACUGUCUGCAGCUGUAAUAGAAGUCAAUUUCACACUUGGAGGCUCCCUUCAAAAACAGUUGGACGCUGAAUAAUCUACAAUAAUAUAAUGAAAUAUGCGACUUAGACAUUACUUGCAAAUAAUUUUAUUCUUUUAGAAAACACAAUGACUUAGAGUGGAGAAGGAUGCAUUUUGCAGCCAAAUGGUGUAGUGGCAACUCGACUAUGCAAAUCAGCCAAACCAUAGCUCUUUGGUGGAUUCAGCGGUGGAGGAACAGUGUGCACAGGAAGUUGCUGUGUCAGGAAGGUCUGUCAAUGGAGUACUAGUCCCGCUUGUGAUGACUGCUUACUAAUGACGUGCUAAAUAGGACAGAGAACCAGACGGGUUGCAAAACAGCAUUUAGCAACUAAAGCAGUGGAAUUAACUUAUGCUGCCUCACUGGAUUUGUACUGAGCAAAUUGAGGCUCACACACUUGAGCAUUAGAAGCCUCUAUGUGGGAUGGUCCUGUGGCUCUGGUCCCAGAUUCUGUCACACAGGCCGAGCACAGCAAUGAGAGGAUGCGGGAUGUGUUGUUCUAGUUUUCUAAAUGGUGUGAAUGUCUCUAAAAGAGAUCUGGAUUGCCGCAUAAAUGUCAGUGCUUUAAGAACAUGGAUCUGCAUCACGUAAAAGCACUGAUAAAUUAAUUAAAAUUAAGUACAUUUCGAACUAUUCUGGCUUGACUUUUGCAAAUGCUGUCAUGUUUUGCUGUCCCAAUAGAAAUAAAAACGUGACCAUAUUUAACUAAUCCUAAGGUGUCCAUGCACAAAUAUUCUAUGUUAAGUUAUUAUGCUACUAUUAUUUACCCUACAGCUGGCAUUAGAUGAAAAUUCACUCUGUUUUCUAAAUAUAUUUUAUUUAUCUUAUUGUGAACAAUUCAUCUGUUCAUGUUUAAAUUUUAUUAACCUCAUAAUUUUUAAUCAAAAUGUCAUAAACCGUACCACCAACCUACAACCUACUGCAAGUUUACAUUUAGCUGAUUUGCCUCCAUCCAAUCAAGAACUGCUACAUAGAAUUUUUCUUUUCUUAUUCGAUAAUUUAACUCGAAAUCAAAAUACUGAUCGCUACCUUCACUUGUCAUGAAAAGUUUCAUUUUCAUUUGUUCAUUUGUCAACUUUAAUAAGCAACC